AUGUCGGGAACAGACCAUGACAACGACUCGCUGGAUGGCUCACUGAGAACACCAACAACCGUGGUACCAAGCUCCUACGACUAUGGCCAUCUGGAUCGCGGGAGUCCGAUCGAGUCGGGGACCUGGGGCAGAGAGAGGUCGUCGUCGUUCUCAAACCGGUUCCGUCAAGCGGGUGGACCCAACAGUCUGGAUAACUUUGCGCGUUCCUGGCAGAGAGCUGCAGCAUUCCCGGAGGUAAUUCCUCGGCGGUCCUCGUUUGUUUCAGAGUCGGAUGAUGAAUUCGGAAUUGCUACUGGCGUGGAAUAUGGAUCGAGAAGCAACCAGCCUUGGGGAUCUUGGGGCCGCAACUCUGAUGUCGAACGACCUCUGCUUCGUGAUGAGUCGGAGGAAGAUGAGCCAGUCGAAGAGGACUCGCAUGGACCAGAGCAUUUCAAGCAUGGGAUUCCCAGCACGGGGCUUUUGGCCUCGUCUUUUGAUAGAAGCUUUGCGACUUCAUAUGGCACGAUCUCUUCGCGCAUGAGCGAGUCGACUCGAAGACAUGCAAUUCAAUUCCACAGAGAUCAGAAUAUCCAUGUCGAUGGCGCAGGAGACCCGGAUCGGGGACCAUUGCUGGUCAAGCAUAUCCAGCAUGAAGAUGGGACCCAAGAGGACGUUAUCGUUGGCCAAUCCACAGUCCCGCAGACUGUCUUCAACUCUGUCAAUGUGUUGAUUGGUAUCGGCCUUUUGAGUCUUCCGCUGGCAAUGAAGCAUGCUGGUUGGGUUUUAGGAUUGACCUUUCUGGUAUUCUCGGCAGUGACAACCUCCUACACAGCCAAGAUUCUGGCUAAGUGUCUGGAUGUUGAUCGGAGUGUCGUCACCUAUGCUGAUUUAGCCUACAUCAGUUUCGGGCAGCAGGCUCGUUUGAUAACCAGCUUUUUGUUCUGUUUGGAACUUCUCGGUGCAUGUGUAGCCCUGGUUGUGCUUUUCGCAGACAGUCUAUACGCUUUGGUUCCGGGCUUGAGUAUCUUACAUUGGAAGAUUGUCUGUGGAGUUGUGCUGAUCCCACUCAACUUCCUCCCAUUGCGUUUCCUCAGUAUCACCAGCAUCCUGGUUGUGGCUCUUAUUUGCAUCGAUGGCCUCGUCAAGCCAGAUACACCAGGCUCACUGCGGCAGCCAGCCAACACAUUCCUCUUCCCUGACAACUGGGCUACUAUUCCCUUGAGUUUUGGCCUAAUUAUGUCACCCUGGGGUGGCCAUGGUGUCUUCCCAAACAUCUACCGCGACAUGAGACAUCCUCAGAAGUACGGAAAGAGUCUGCGGGUAACCUACAUUUUUACAUUUACUCUCGACUGUUCAAUGGCCAUCAUUGGUUGGCUCAUGUUUGGUGAUUUCGUCCAGGACGAGAUCACUGCGAACAUUCUGACCGUCACCAACUACCCCAAGGUCCUUUCCGUCUGUAUUAUAGUAUUCAUCUCAAUCAUCCCGCUCACCAAGGUGCCGUUGAAUGCACGGCCUCUGGUUGCCACAUUUGAAGUUCUUUGUGGAGUUGCAGGCAAUGUUCCUGCUGAGAACCAUCGCGAAACGAUUCAACAGAUCGCACGGGCGGCUAUUCGCCUUGUUGUCGUGGUCACGAUUGUCAUUUUGUCCGUCAUCUUCCCAGCGUUCGAUCGCAUCAUGGCGUUCAUGGGUUCCUUCUUGUGUUUCACCAUUUGUAUUAUCUUCCCUCUUGCAUUUUACCUCAAGAUAUUUGGAAAGGAGAUCAGUCGGGGCGAGCGCAUCCUUGAUUGGAUUUUGCUCGUGAUCUCGACGAUUCUGGCAGCGGUGGGAACUGUCUGGGCUUUCCUGCCCCGGGAGAUUCUUGCAAACUAG